AGAAACAGAGAGUAGUGCAAUCAGCAGAGCCAGACAAGACCGACCUUUUCUUCGUAAGAUCGAUGGAGAUGAAGCUCACCAUCAAGAGGGUGCCCACGGUCGUCUCCAACUACCAGGAAGACGCCGGCGCCGGCGAGCGGCCGCGCGCAGGGUGCGGGAGGAACUGCCUCGGGGAUUGCUGCCUGCCUGUUUCCGAGCUUCCUGUCUAUGCUUUCAAGGCGAACCUGAGAAAGCUACCUUCACAGGAGGAUGCUGUUCCCACUGAUUUCUUCAUCAAUCUCCUUCUUGGACAGUGGGAAGACAGGAUGACCCAAGGCUUGUUUCGAUAUGAUGUCACUGCAUGUGAGACCAAGGUUAUCCCCGGCAACCUUGGGUUUGUUGCUCAGCUGAAUGAAGGGCGCCACCUAAAGAAGCGCCCUACAGAGUUCCGCGUGGAUCGUGUGCUUCAACCAUUUGACACUGCCAAGUUCAAUUUCACCAAAGUUGGCCAGGAGGAGGUGCUAUUCCAAUUUGAGAAUGGCGGGGGUGAUGACAGCUACUUCCUGAAGAGUGCCCCAAUCACUGUUGCUGAUUGUGCUCCCAACGUGGUUGCAAUUAAUGUGAGCCCUAUUGAAUACGGCCACGUUCUUCUUAUCCCCCGUGUUCUGGACCAUCUGCCUCAGAGGAUUGACCGAGAGAGCUUUUUGCUUGCACUCCACAUGGCGGCUGAGGCAGCUAGCCCAUACUUCAGGCUUGGUUACAAUAGUUUGGGUGCCUUUGCAACUAUCAACCACCUUCACUUUCAGGCUUACUACCUGACAGUGCCAUUCCCAGUUGAGAAGGCAGCUACCCAGAGGAUUCCCCUUGCUGAGGGUGGGAAAAAGAGUGGGGUGAAGGUGUCGAAGCUGAUGAACUACCCUGUGAGAGGACUGGUUUUUGAGGAAGGCAACAGCCUGAAUGAUCUGGCCGAUGUGGUUUCAAGUGCUUGCGUUUGGCUGCAGGACAACAAUGUGCCCUAUAAUGUGCUCAUUUCAGACUCUGGCAGGAAGAUCUUUCUCUUUCCCCAGUGCUACGCUGAGAAGCAGGCUCUUGGGGAGGUGAGCCAGGAACUGCUGGACACGCAGGUGAACCCUGCCGUUUGGGAGAUCAGUGGACACAUUGUACUGAAACGGAGGAACGAUUACGACGAGGCAUCAGAAGCUUCAGCAUGGAGACUCCUUGCGGAGGUCUCCCUGUCGGAGGCACGCUUUGAGGAAGUGAAGGCCUACAUCUUUGACGCCGCUUGUCUGGUUCAGUCCCACGUGGAGGAUGAAACAGAGGACGCCGUAUAUGCACCUGUGCCUGUUGCCCCUCCAGCUGUCACAGAGGGCUGCCUCGUCCGUCAGUGAGAUGAUUGAUUCAGAAGGUUGUCUUUGGUCUUCCUCAAGGUCUUCGUCGUCAUUAUCUCAGUCAAGUCACUGGUUGCCUAGCUUGGCCGUAGUUGAGCUUGCUGGUCUUAAUAAAGAUCCAUGUGAUCGAACUGCCUGCUGUAUAUGCAUUUGCUACUCGCUCUUGUUUCUUGUGUCCUCUGUUUCUCUCCUGUGGAGAAUCUGGUAUUCAGUAAUCUGCAAAUAUUUUAGCAGAGAACCAUUUGUACUGCCUGUGUUGUUUCAGCACUGAGUUAAUAUGAUGAACAUUAUUAGUA